UUGAUACUACAUGCGCUAGUCAUGCCACUGCCCGACGCGCGUCCUGAGCGGUUGUUUUGUCUGAUUCCUCAGAUAGGUUGACCCUGGUGAGCACCGCCACAUGACCACCGCCUUAUACCCUCACUAGCCUCUUCCUCUCAUCUGCUCGCCAUCAACCCCCACUCCCCGCCGCGUGAAACUUCUUCGAUUGUGAUUUGAAGAUUGCCUUCCACAAUUUUGCCGAAAAUCGGAUCAUUCCACCGGCGUCAGACUGUUUGUAGGGAGGUGUUGCUUGUCUGGUUUUAACCGUGGACCUGUAGGAUCAACAAAAUGGCAUAUGAAAUAGAUGAGCAAAAAAAGAUUGGGUUAGGUCUUAUUGGUUUUGGUAUCCUGUUCACAUUCCUUGCCAUCAUUCUCUUUUUUGACAGAGGUUUGCUUGCUCUGGGUAAUAUAUUAUGGUUGGCUGGUGUAUCCCUUUUAUUGGGUUGGAGGUCUACUCUGCAAAUUUUCACUAAUAGAAUGAACUACAAGGGCUCAGCUUCAAUUCUUCUUGGAAUCUUCUUCAUAUUUGUUCGUUGGCCAAUCUUGGGUAUAAUUAUGGAAGUAUAUGGCUGCAUUGUUCUCUUUGGUGGUUUUUGGCCAUCUGUCAAGGUUUUUCUUUAUCAGAUUCCUGUCAUUGGAUGGAUACUAAGAUACCCUACCCUGGUGAAAGACAUGCUCUUCGUGUAGGUUGGACACAAAUGUGGAACUUAAACAUCCCUCCAAAAGUGAAGAUGUUUUUUUUGGGAAGCUUAUUCUAAAUGUUUGCCUACUACUAAUCUGUUGCGCAUAGACAAGUGAGCUGCUCUUCGAUUUGUGUGCUCUGCUCUUUGAGGGAGGAAUUACUGUUGCAUGUAUUUGGUGAGUGUGGGCUAGCUCAAAAUUGCUGAAGGAUUGUUGAUAUGAAUAUCGGGCAAGCCAAUGGUGUGUCUUUCUCUGAAUGGGCCACUGCAAAUAUGAGGAAUCUGGACAUUGAAAGGCGCUGUUUGUUCAUCCUGGUUUGGUGGAAUAUAUGGAAUGCAACUACGCAAGGAAUUCAAAACUAUGGAAUAACCAAGCCCUUACAACUCAAAGUAUUACAGCUUCUGGAUCGUUUGCGAGGGAGCUCUUCUUGAUUGGUGACUCUUGAUUGUCUUGGUCAAUUGUUUAUUAUCUUUUGACUUGUGAGAUUUAUGUAGAAUCUUAUAAACUGUUUUAAUGUUAGAUAUGCUUAAAUUAGAUUUCACCUUGUCAGCUAUACAUGUUGUGAACCUCCUCAACUAUAUGAGGUUGUGAACUUUCUAUCCCAUCAGACCUAGUAGUUUUUCUUAGUUUGGGUUAAAAUUUGAUUUUGAGUUGCGUAUGUAGUGUGCUUUAUUUAUAUUUAUAGACUCAUGAUAUUUAUUUCAAAUUAUAUGGGUUUGUUACUUAAA